AUGGAGCCUGAGGACAAGGGGCCUCGGAGCUCCUGGCUUGUCUGCGCAGCUUGCGCCUACCCACUUGUCCGUGUUGAUGAGCUGAUUGAGGAGAAGUUUGAAUGCCGGAAGGAUGUGACGUGGGUCUACGAACUCGAUGUAUUGGAACUGUCAACUUGGUGUUAUUCUGCAACCAAUGCCCACGAUCACAGAUUCGAUGUAGUCCGAGUGCUCCCGACGGGCUUGAACCGAAGCCUCGCCGUCGAGGGGAAGCCAACAGCAGAGUUCUCCUGGUUUCCGGGCUUUGCGUGGGCAAUGGCUCACUGCUGCCAUUGCAACCGCCACUUGGGCUGGGCCUUCUACCCGGAAGCGUCUGAGGAGCACUCAGGGCCUGAGCGUUCGGAGCAACCUGCGGAGCCGGCUCCACCGUCUGAUCUGGCUUUCUUCGGGCUCGUGCUCACGAAGAUGCGGGAGAGCCGGUUACACGAUUCAGAAGUGGAUGAGAUCUUCACCAGAGCCAGGUCGACGCAGCAAUCGCCAAAUCGGCAAGAAGUUUCGAGCAUGCUGCGCUCGCUGAGACAAGCCUUGAGACAGGUACCUGCCGACGCGCUGUUAUUUUCAUAUUUCUUAUCUCAGCGCCGAGAAGACACUUCCAGCCGUGAGUCGAUGCAGAGUACAGAGACGACGCUGGAGGAUCGUGACAGGCGUGAUCCUGAAGCCCAGCCCGAGCAAGCUGACGCUGAAGCGUAG